AUGGCGACCCGGAGAGGAGGCUUUCGGGCCCUUUCAUGGGCUAAUCAGUUGCUAGCCCACCAGCGCCCUUCAUGGAGAUGUGCCUCCUGCAGAGUUGUUCGUCCCGCGCCCAUCCUGUCUCCGCGUCGGUAUACCACCACCUCCUCCGAAGGAGCUUCCAAAAAGCCCUACUAUAUCACCACUCCUAUUUUCUAUGUAAAUGCCGCUCCGCAUGUCGGUCACCUAUACACCAUGGUUAUUGCGGACGUUUUGAAGCGAUGGCGGGCUCUUAUUGGAGAGGAUGAUGCACAAUUAUUGACUGGGACUGAUGAGCAUGGAAUGAAGAUCCAACAAGCCGCAAGCGCCGCGGGUAUAGACACUCAAGCUUUCUGCGACAGGAACUGCAAAACGUUCAGGGACCUAGCGAAUGCUGCCAACAUGGAUUAUAGUUACUUUAUCCGGACAACUGAAACUGCACACAAAGAAGCAGUCCAGUACUUCUGGGAAAUGUUACAACACCGGGGCUUCAUAUACACAGCGAAACAUGAAGGAUGGUAUUCUAUCAGCGACGAGACAUUCUAUCCCCAGUCCCAAGUUCAACUCUCGUUGGAUCCCACCACAGGGCGGAAGAGGAUGGUUUCAGUCGAGACAGGCAAAGAAGUCGAGUGGUCCUCGGAAACAAAUUAUCAUUUCCGCCUAUCGGCUUUCCAAGAUCGCUUGUUAGAAUUGUAUAAGACAGGAUUCAUCACUCCUGAACACUACCUGCCGGAUGUGGUCAAUUCGGUCUCUUCCGGGCUCCAGGACCUGUCGAUAUCUAGGCCAGUAGAACGGUUGACUUGGGGAAUUCCUGUCCCGGGGGACAAGACGCAGACCAUUUAUGUGUGGCUGGACGCGCUCGUAAAUUACUUGACAAAGGCAGGAUAUCCUUUUCCUCCCGGAGAAGGAAGCCGUCUUGGAUGGCCGGUAGAUGUCCAUGUGGUUGGCAAGGAUAUUGUUCGAUUCCACUGCGUAUACUGGCCGGCAUUCCUGAUGGCCCUCGAUUUACCCUUGCCCCGAAACGUUCUUGUUCACGGGCAUUGGACCAUGAAUCGGGAAAAGAUGUCGAAAUCAACUGGAAAUGUGGUUAACCCGUUUUUCGCCAUUGACCGGUUUGGAGUCGAUACUAUGCGGUUCUUCCUUGCUUUCCAGGGUGGCCUAGCGUCGGAUGCGGAUUACGAUAACGCCCACAUCAUUCGCGAUUAUAAGAAAUUCCUCCAACAGGGAGUCGGCAACAUUGCUCAUCGUACUAUCGGAUGUUCCAAGGGGAAGCUCCGGUCGUAUAUAGAAAAUGCUGUAUCUGGCAAUUCCCCAGAACAGGCUGCGGAUAGGGAGUAUCAGGAAGUGCUUAGCAAGCUGCCAACCAGGGUUGCAGAACAUAUGGAGCAGCUUAACCCACGGGCCGCUCUGCAAGAGAUCAUGGGGGUGGUUUUACAGACGAACAAGUAUUUCCACAACUCCGCACCCUGGCGGGAUCCGGAACAGCACCAGCGGGUGCUUUACAACGUGGCUGAAUCGAUGCGGAUCACGGGGAUCUUAUUACAACCGUUCAUGCCAAGCAAGUCCAAGGAGAUCCUGGAUGUUUUCCGUGUCGAUAACUCUGACCCCUCAAAACGGAGCUUCUCGGCUGCCAGGUAUGGGGCAGAUCCGGAUUACGGAGAGGACGUUAAGAAGACUAUCUUGUUCCCACCUCUUGUGGUCGAGACAUAG